CUGAAGGGCAGUUCCGACUCUGCCUGAAAACAUGCGGGUCCUCCUCGUCUGUCUGGUCCUGGCUGUGACCACCUGGGCUCAGAGACCUAAACAUUGCACGUCGCCACCUCUGCUGGUCGGGAGCCUGAGUGUGUUGGGCCCUAAAAGCGACUUGGGUGCUUAUGGGAAAUACACCUAUGAUGCUUUGGGGAGGAGGGUGCGAUUCUUUGAAGUUGGGAGCUACAAAAAUCAGUCAUUCCAAGUGGACUUACUGAUGCUGUUUGCAGAGGGUGUAUUAUAUGAAAUCAACUGGCAAAACCACACCUGCACAAAGAAAGCACUGAAGGACCACUUCCAGCCCAUGGAAGUGCCUAAGAAUGCUACAUUGCUGGGCCAAGUCAUCUUGGGAAGCUCCUCUGGGUUUGGGCAGGGUCUGCUGGUGAACACCUGGUCUGGGGAGGUGCCGGAGACAGAGGCCAAGUACAUGAGCACCUUCACUGAAUUUGGCUGCCUGCCCGUCAGCACCCUGUACCACACUGAGGAAACCGGAGGGGUGAUUGUGAGCUUUUUCAACAUUCUGAUUGGAAUUGACGACCCCCAAGUCUUCUUCCCUCCUCCAUUUUGUCAAUCAGCUCAGCUGGUGGGGACCACUGACUUCUUCGGUGCCUUCUUUUGAAAAGAAGGUGCAGCUGUGAAGAACUUCAAGAUGCGUUCAAUCAGCACAUAGCAACCUGAUUUAUUCUCCAAUCAGGAGAAUCAUCCGAAUGCCUGAAAUCUUAAACACCAAUGCAUUCACUGGCUCAUCAUAUACUCUUUCAGAUUUUUAUUUUGUAUUUAAUUUGACUUUGACUGGAUGCAGAAAACUGCAACAGAAAUUUGGCCUAAUGCAUCUAACAACAGUGCACUUUAGCCUUAACUGUUGUUAACUUGUAAGGUUUCUUUAGUCCCUUGCACAACUUUUUCCAUUUUUAAGUGACCAAUAGAUCCAUAACAGUUUAAAAGUUACAUUUGCUCAGAUUCAUUGGUUAACAACAAAGUGCAUUAUAAUGAGGUCAAAUAAAGUCCUGUAUUGCCUCAAAAUGUGAAGCAAAAUAGAGUCACUACUAUAGGUAUGCUGAUGGAGAUUACAUUCCUAAGAAAUGUUUAAGAGAUUCUUAACUGAUUGUACUUGUGCUAAUUAAAUAAUUUAAAAAA